UCCUCACCGCCACCACCACCUCCCGAUCCAAUCUCUCCCCGCCGCCUCCCGAUCCAACCUCCCACCCACUGCCGACCUCGCCGUCCCUCCCUCCCCUCACCAUCUCUCCCUCGUCUCUCCCUCUCCCCCGCACCACUCCUCGCCUACUACAUCAACCGGAUGGGCCAGACGCUGCGCCUCGUCCGCCCGCCUGUGCUCUGGGUCGUCGUCGAGGCCAGCAAGCCCUCCCCAGAGGCCGCCCUCACGCUGCACCGCACCGCCGUCAUACACCGCUACGCCGGCUGCUGCGACGGCCUCAACGCCUCCCCCGCAGUCGACUUCCGCCCACACCAGCUCAACGCCGGCCUCGAGGUCGUCGAGAACCACCUCCUCGAUGGCGUCGUCUACUUCGCCGACGAGGAGGGCAUCUACUCCCUGCCGCUCUUCGACCGCCUCCGCCAGAUCAGGGAGCUCGCUCUGCAUCCGAGUCUCAGUCAUCCUGCACAGCAAGGAGCCGGACCAAGGGAGCAAGCAGCGCUGCUGGUUCCUUGAGACAUGUGCAUGUGUGGAGUAAUUUUUCUUAGAGUAUUUAACAAGAUUGUGACGAAUGUCACUGACACAACUUAUAUAGUUUGGUCUUCGUCUGAUUUAGUUAUUGCAUCUUGUGUUCCUGUAGUAUACUAACAAAUGCCUCGUUGUGAGUUGUUGGCUGUUUUCAUUCUAGUCUGAAUAUGAUCAUGUAUCCUGUAGAAUUGGAUUUCUCUGGCUGUUCCGUAAACUAAAUUUGGUUCAGUUAAAAAACUGCAUUACCUGACAGUUUUGGGCAGCGAGCUUCUAACUGAAAAACGAGUUUGUUAUGCUCAUAAUUUCAAGUUGUCCUCUACAUAUGAGUUGUAAAGCAUGUUCUAAGGUUUCCGUAGAGUCCUCGUUUGCUUCGUUUGGAUGUAUGGUUUGAGAGCAGCCGUCUAUUUAGUUUGCUGUCUAGAAAUAUAGUACAGUUUAAUGUCGGUGGCGGUCUUGUCUUAGAUAGAUUCUGUAGUGUAUUAAUCUCACUGGGUAGAGUGGCCUACUUGCACAUAUAGUACAGUUUAAUGUCGACAUUAUCAUCAUCAGGUCCGCGUUCCCUCUAUUCUCUCCUGCCUUGUGAUGUUAGUCUGUGUGCGCUCACUAGUAUUGUUAGAUCCUGUAAGUUGAAUCGAUGGUAGUGGUAGUAGAGUAGUAUUUUUCUUCAGGUGAACCUGUUAUAACUGACCAUAUCAGCACUAGUAUCACAUUUAGAUUUAAAAUGCUGACUGGAUGUGUGUACUCGGUAUUAAUCUUGUAGGAUGGUCAGAUUUAGAGACUCAACUCAUUUCUUCUUUUGUUCCUACAAGACGAUUCAGCUUAACUUUAAAAAGUAACAGUAAAUUUGGAUACUGCCAGACACAAGAGAAGACUGUUACAACGAUAGUAUGUGCUACAUUUGAUCCCGGGUUGUAUAACAUAUCUGUUACUGCAGGUCACCCAUCAUUGAGGAGCAGGAGGGAGGCAUCUAGCUGGCCAUCAAGGGCCUGCUCUGCUCCUCUUCUUUCUUGACCAUCGGUAACUCCAGGUUCCCGGGCUUCCAAGGCGCGCCAGCACACCGCCGCCAUGCCUCCUCUGCUCUCCGGGCUCGGACCAAUCGCUCAACCCUUCAGCACAAGCCCUGCAGCAGCCGACGUGGGUUCAGGUGUCCCCUCCCCUGAUGGCUGUAAAUCUACCAUGCUCUGCUAAUUCUAUGCGAGCACUGUUAGGCGUCCAUUUGUAUUUGCAAAUUAGCAGUAGCUUGCAGAAUAUGUGCCAUCCAAAGCAUUGCCUUAAUACGAUAUGCGUAUCAUUAGCUGGUAUCCAUAUGGAGAUAGUUUAGCAGAGGAAGAAAUAAACACCUAUGUUUCUUGGUCCGUGAAAUUGCAUUGGAGAGAUGGGUCUAUUAUAUAUAGGUGAUACAUUACACUAGUUGAAUUUGACCACGCACCAACUCCAACAAGUGAUGGGUGCAUGCUAAUUGUUAUUAGCUUCAAAACCUAGUAAAUGCCUUCUUGCACUAGGUACACCCUUGAAUUUUUGUCCUUUACAACCUGAUCGAUGUACAACCUGUUUGCUUGAAAGUAAUUUUAGUUGAUUCUUUGAUGGAGCGCUAAGACUAUGCGUGGAACAUUAGUUUUUAUUAUCUAAAACUACCGCCGUGUGAUAUGCAGGUGCCUAGUUUGUUUUUAUUAGUUUUUAUUAUAUAAAGUACCUCCCUGGAACAUUGUUUGUCACCUUGUUUCCACUGAUAUGCAGGAUAUUGUUUGCUGCUUAUGCUUUUCUGAUCGACAGUAUCAGGCAGUAACACAUUAAUUAGUCUCUUGGUUACUUGAAAUCAAAUCCAUGAUUUUGUUAUGUACUGUUUGCUCACAGUUAAGUACAAGUUAACCUUUCAUGUUAAGGCAAACCUGAGAACACUUGCUUGUGAGAACCAACUGGACUUCUUAGAUAUAUCCAAGUGAAGAUGUACUAUUACUAUGGCAGUGAAUUUUAUCUAUGUGAGAUUAGAAUUUGAGUGCCAUCAUUCAUCUUAUGGUAUCUUGUUCUCUAUGAUAACUGUUGACUUGCAAGAUACAAUGUUGAUUUACUAUAUAUACCCGCACAGCAAGUAUAUGGUGUUGUCUUAUGGUUAUGCUGCCUAUGUCACCGAUAUUUAACUCUGCUAUCUCAAUCUGUCUUUAUUAUAAGCUUGGCUAACCUUGUAGAUGUUGUCCUUCGUUCAUCUACAGGACACCAUCAUGCAUAUGUUUAUUCGGUUUGAACUUUGCAUAUGUUUUUUGGUUUGAACUUUGCAUAUGUUUAUUUAGUUUGAACUCUGCAUGACAUGAAGUAAUUAUUUCCAGUGUUUUUUUCAACUUUUUUUCGCUUUCACUUGAUAUAUACUUAGCUUGUACUUGAAGAUGUGGUUUAAUAAUGGUGAUUUUGUUCUACUUGGAUGCAUUGGUAC